GAGCAGCACCAGCGCACCAGGCAGCAGCCCCGGGAGGAGAUGGGCCUCGCUGUGGAGCACGGAGGGCCCUACUCACGGGCGGGGGCCAGCUCUCAGGGCUGCUGGUAUUAUUUGCGCUACUUCUUCCUCUUUGUCUCACUCAUCCAGUUCCUCAUCAUCCUGGGCCUGGUCCUCUUCAUGGUCUACGGCAACGUGCACGUGAGCACCGAGGCCAACCUGCAGGCCGCCGAGCGCCGGGCUGAUGGCCUGUACAGCCAGGUCGUGGGGCUCUCGGGCAGCCAGGCCAACCUGUCCAAGGAGCUCAACCUCACCACCCAGGCCAAGGACACCAUCAUGCGGAUGCUGCUGGGCACCCGCCGGGACCUGGACCGGAUCAACGCCAGCUUUCGCCAGUGCCAGGCCGACCGGGUGGUCUACGUGAACAACCAGAGGUACAUGGUUGCCAUUAUCCUGAGCGAGAAACAGUGCCAAGAACAACUCAAGGAGACUGAAAAGAGCUACAACACCUCGCUUAUCCUGCUGAACCAGAAGGCCAAGAUGCUGGAGGUGGAGCUGGCCAAGGAGAAGGCUGUGUGCACCAAAGACAAGGAGGGCUUGGCGCUGAGCAAGCGGGUGGUGGAGGAGCACCUGGCUGACUGCAGCAAGGCGCAGGAGCAGCUGCGGCAGGAGCGACAGCUAGCCGUGGACCGGCUGCAGAAGGUGCAGGCCCUCUGUCUCCCACUGGAAAAGGACAAGUUUGAGGCGGACCUGCGCAACAUCUGGAAGGACUCGCUUAUCCCGCGCUCCCUCGAAUCAAUAGGCUACACGCCGUACCAUCCCCUCAGCAUGGAUUUGGCCUCCAUACGGAGAACCUGCGACCACAUGCCUACCCUGAUGAGCGCCAAAGUGGAGGAGCUGGCCCGGAGCCUGCGGUCUGGCAUUGAGCGUGUGGCCCGCGAGAACUCAGACCUCCAGCGCCAGAAGCUGGAGGUCGAGCAGAGCCUGCGGGCCACUCAGGAGGCCAAGGAGAAGGUGGAAAGGGAAGCCCAGGCCGGGGAGGCCAAGCUCCAGGCCGAGUGCGCCAAGCAGACCCAGCUAGCCCUGGAGGACAAGGCAACGCUGCGGAAGGAGCGAGACAACCUGGCCAAGGAGCUGGAUGAGAGGAAGCGGGAGAUCGAGCAGCUCAAGAUGCAGCUUGAAGUCAGAAACUCGGCCCUGGACACCUGCAUAAAGGCCCAGUCACAGAUAGGGCCUGUGCCAAGACCUGUUGGACCCGCCCCGAACCCCCCGCCCAUCGACCCGGCUGGCCUGGAGGAAUUCAAGAAGAAGAUCCUGGAGUCCCAGCAGCUCCCUGCAGGCAACACAGCCAUAUCCAGUGGCUGAGAAAGCUCCAGGCCCGAGGACAGAGGGGUGGCCCCGACUCACCAGCCUGCAGACCUGUUGCAGCGAGACGCCCGCAGCGUGCGACACAGCAAGGGCUGCAGUCAGGCGGCCUCCAUGCUGACACACCAUAGUGGGCACCCUUGGCCCGCACCCCAUGCUCAUCCUCCCCACACCCCUGGCAGACCCCCAGCGCUCUCACAGACCCGCACCCGUUCCGCACGGUCCCUCACCCACAGAGGCCACGGUGACAAGCCACGGAGACAUGGUAGUAUCAUCACACAGACACGGUGACAUGAUGCGCACACCUCUGCCAAACCCUCACCCAACAUCACAGCCCCAAACACGCGCAGGCCAAGGCGCCCACGGCAUCCCCUCACGGCCCAGGGCCUCCUCCCCUCCCCCACUCCCGAUUCCCUUAUCUCCCCGACGCUUCCUCACCCACGGCACUUCGGGCCUGGCGAAGUGAGAACAGGAAGGCAUUCACCGCCAUCCCUGGGAGAGUUUCCAGGCCCUCCUUGCACGCCAGGGAGCAUCUAGUCCAAGGGCGAAUUAGCCCGCUGGCCCGUCAUCGUGGCCAGCAAGGGACGGCUCCCUCACUCCCUGUCCCCCCUUACCCUGCCUGUGGCCCCUAUAAAAUG